GCACGUGCACAUGCUCUGUGCCGCUACUCUUUCUCACGGUUCUAUGCCAGAGCCCAGUCCUUGUCAGGCCCUGCCUUCCUAGCCCCAACUUGGGACCAAAGUGCAACGUGGGAUCACGGUUGGGGCACUCAAGUGACCCCUCUCCAUAGUGCUUCCCUGGGUCAAGUGACAGCAGCCCCUGGGGGGUGGGAUUGGGCGGUGCUUAAAGAGAAAGGGGACCAGUGUAGCAAUUUGCCAGGGACCCCACCCCUCCCUCACAUUGGGGCCUGUGCAGUGGGCGUGGGGACUCCCCUAAGGGGCCAAAGGCCUAGGCUAGUUCAGUAGCCCGCUCUCAUUCACUCACACCUGGCCACGUGCACGCCCCCUAGAUGCAGAUUGCUUUGAACUUUAAAGCUGUUCAAUUUGGUUUUGUUUGUGCAGAUUUAAAAAAUGUUUUAAUGAGGAAAAAAAUUGGAGAACCCUGGGAAGGACCUGGUUCCUUAGCUUCUCCGAGAACUGUAAGCCCUCACCUUUGGGAAUUGCUUUCUUGCUCCACUUUCCUGUCCACGCCACCCGAGGCCUGCCCUGAGAUACCACACGUGGCUCCAGCCGCGUCUGGGCGCAGUUAAGUGUUCUCGGGAACUUGCGUGCGGGGGUGGGGUGCUCGGGCCGUGGGCCCAGCCGCCCCUUUCUGUACACCUAGCGCUGCCCGCCCCGCUUGUGUCUAAGGUCGUGUAUGUCAAUAAAGCCGCUAGAAACUCAGGCUGUAUCCGCGUCUUUGUGAACAACCCGCGGCUUCUGGGAGACAGGCCGCCGGCCUCCACCCUCCCUCGCUCCUCCAGCGGCGGGGCCUACAGGCAUCUGGAGGGACGGCAGCCUCGCCUUUGGCGCCAGUUCUGCCUUUGGAUCCGCCAAUGGCCAGCUGACCCGCGGGUCCCGUCGCAGUCCCCAUGGCAGCAGGACGCGCUCGGGUUCUCAUUGGCUACGUCUGCCGGAGCCGCGCCCCAGCGCUCCGACGCCGGCGGACGUGCCACGUACACGGCAGCCGAUUGGCCCGCCUGAGUUCACGUCACCGCCCGACCAGGGCGGGCGUGAGUUCCGGGCCAGCCGCCCUCCAUCCGGUGUGGCGUCCUGGUUUGUGGCUGCCCGGGAUCUAGCGUCGGGGUAGACUGGGGGGACAGGACAGAUCCAGAGUUGGUCAGUCUGUCAGGUGAAGGACGCAGGGCUGAGAUCGGCGGCGGGAGUGAGCGGCAGGGGUCGGCCAGGCGGGCCGCGGACACCUCGGAGCUCGGAGCCGACCUCCCGCAGGCGCGAUGAAGGCACUGAUUUUAGUGGGCGGCUAUGGGACGCGCCUGCGGCCGCUGACUCUCAGCAUCCCGAAGCCACUGGUGGACUUCUGCAAUAAGCCCAUCUUGCUACACCAAGUGGAGGCGCUGGCCGCGGCAGGCGUGGAUCACGUGAUUCUGGCAGUGAGCUACAUGUCUCAGGUGCUGGAGAAGGAAAUGAAGGCGCAGGAGCAGAGGCUAGGAAUCCGGAUCUCCAUGUCCCAUGAAGAGGAGCCUUUGGGGACAGCUGGGCCCCUGGCACUAGCCCGUGACCUGCUCUCUGAGACUGCAGACCCUUUCUUCGUCCUCAACAGUGACGUGAUCUGCGAUUUCCCUUUCCAAGCCAUGGUGCAGUUCCACCGGCACCAUGGCCAGGAGGGCUCUAUUCUGGUGACCAAAGUGGAGGAACCUUCUAAGUAUGGUGUGGUGGUGUGUGAGGCCGACACAGGCCGCAUUCACCAGUUCGUGGAGAAGCCGCAGGUGUUUGUGUCCAACAAGAUCAACGCAGGCAUGUAUAUCCUGAGUCCUGCCGUGCUGCGGCGCAUCCAGCUGCGGCCUACGUCCAUUGAGAAGGAGGUCUUCCCUGUCAUGGCCAAGGAGGGGCAGCUAUAUGCCAUGGAGCUGCAGGGCUUCUGGAUGGACAUCGGGCAGCCCAAGGAUUUCCUCACUGGCAUGUGCCUCUUUCUACAGUCACUGCGACAGAAGAAGCCUGAGCAACUGUGCUCAGGCCCUGGCAUUGUGGGCAACGUGCUGGUGGACCCAAGUGCCCGCAUUGGUCAGAACUGCAGCAUCGGUCCCAACGUGAGCCUGGGUCCUGGUGUGGUGGUGGAGGACGGCGUGUGCAUCCGGCGGUGCACGGUGCUGCGAGACGCCCACAUCCGCUCCCAUUCCUGGCUCGAGUCCUGCAUUGUAGGCUGGCGCUGCCGUGUGGGCCAGUGGGUGCGCAUGGAGAACGUGACCGUGCUGGGUGAGGACGUCAUAGUUAACGACGAGCUCUACCUCAACGGGGCCAGCGUGCUGCCCCACAAGUCCAUUGGCGAGUCUGUGCCGGAGCCUCGCAUCAUCAUGUAAGGCGCUGCCGUGGGGCUGGCUGAGCCACCAUUUCCCUGUUAGCAAGCGGAGCACCAGCUUGUCAUGUCAGAAGACCCUGGACUCGUUGCCAUUUGUCUGGGGAAGCUUGGAUGAGGCUGAAGUUGGACAUCUGCCUUCUCCUGUGGACAUACUCUGUCAGGAGCCUUGCUGGGCACACCCCACAAAGUCUACUCCCUCAAGAAGGGCCGGGCCAGGGCUGUAUGGAAUAAUAAUUUAAUGCUCACUGUG